CACGUAUUACAAAAUUUUAUUCCCUGUGUAAUAAGUUUUAUAAAUCAGUAUAAAAAAUAAAAUGGCAAGUGAAAGCGAGGAAGAGUUUUAUGAUGCUAAUGAAGACCUUGAUAGAUCAACAGAAAAAUUUCGCAAGAGUAUUGAAUCUGAUUCAAGUAUACCACUUACAAAUUCAUUCACAGAGUAUCAAAAUGUUUCACAAAAUAAUACACAUAAAAAUAUAGAAGAAAAAUUAACAAAUAAUUGUCUAAUCAAACACGAUGUUCACGAGAUCAAAUAUGAUCCUAUUAGACAGGACUCUAUGAAUCUGAAUAACUACCAAUCCUCUAAUCAAAGUAAUUAUGCUUCUACCAAUAAAAAUAUAGAUAAUAAUUCAAUAACUUCAGAUAUUUCUUCACAUGCAAUAGUUGAAAAUAAUAUAAGCAAUCAUAGUACUAUAGAACAGGUGAGCCAAAAUUAUGUUGAAGAAAAGCACCUUAUGAAUUGUGAGAAAAUGUUACUUAAUACUGCUUCUAACAAUCUGGAAAAAGUAGAUGCUGUACCUGUAGCUCCACCAAGAAGAAAGAAAAAGCAAGCAAAGAUUCAAGCAGUAAAUGUAGCUGUGUCUGAACCAAAACAUGUGGAUGAUUUAUCACCAUUUAUUCGUGUAAGUCCGAGCACAAAUGAAAUGAAUGAAGUACUUCAAAGUGGAAGUUCAUUAAAUGUGGUAUGCAAUGAAGAUCUUAUGGCUUUAAAAAGUGGAGGAAUGCCAGUUACCAAUAACAUCAGUGGCAGACAACUAACAGAUGAUGAAAUUCUGGAACAAGUUGUAGUCAAAAAUCUAGAUACAGGUGAAACCAUACCAUUAUCAAAAGCUGAAGAAUCUCUGCCUGAAUGUACAAACCCUUUAGCUCUUCACAUUUUACGUUUGGCAGAAAAUAGUGAUUUUGUUGACCUCACAGAAGAAGAUGGUAGGUUAUCUGACACAUCAACAACUUCUAGUAUUAAAGUUCAAGGUAAAAGAAAGAAAUUGAGAAAGUUCUUUGGUGAAGCAGUGCAAAAGAUUCGUAAUGUUGCUGAUGAAGUUAAAUCAAGGCGGGGUGACGAGUUUUCAUCAGAAGAAGAAGAUAACCCACAUGAAGAAGGUGGCUUUAUCAAGUUCAAAAAUCAUAGAGCAAUUAAAGACAGAUUGAUGUUUUCUAAUAUCAAGCUGCUGCAAGAUCUUACUGGAGAACAUGUUGGAGCAAUAUGGACAAUGAAAUUUUCAUUAUGUGGAAAAUUGAUGGCUACUGCUGGACAGGACAAUGUAGUGCGCGUUUGGGUGUUAAAAGAUGCUUUCUCAAACUUUGAAGAAAUGAGACUAAAAUAUUCACGUCCUGCAGAAAGGUCAUCUCCCACUGGCUCAAUGGUGUCUAGUUCUUCUGUAGCAUCUAUUGAUGAAGACCCACUUGUUUGCGAUUUAUUACUAGCUCAAAAUGUAAAUGAUGAAAGUGAAGGUCCAUUUAGAGCAGUGCCAUUUGUUUCUUAUCAUGGACAUACAAGUGAUGUACUGGAUCUUUCCUGGUCAAAGAAUUUCUUUUUGCUAUCUUCUUCUAUGGAUAAAACUGUUCGGUUAUGGCAUAUAUCAAGACAAGAAUGCUUAUGUUGUUUUCAGCAUGUUGAUUUUGUUACAGCUAUUUGUUUUCAUCCGAGGGAUGAUCGUUACUUUUUGAGUGGUUCAUUGGAUGGGAAGAUUCGACUUUGGAAUAUUCCUGAGAAAAAAGUUGCUUUAUGGAAUGAAAUUGAUGGUUCAGGAACCAGUCUAAUCACUGCUGCAAACUUUUGUCAAAAUGGUAAACUUGCUGUUGUAGGUACAUAUGACGGAAGAUGUAUUUUCUAUGAUACAGAACGUCUUAAAUAUCACACACAAGUUACAGUGCGAUCUAGUCGUGGUAAAAAUGCUAGAGGUCGUAAAAUUAGUGGAAUUGAACCAAUGCCAGGUCAAGACAAGGUAUUAAUUACCUCAAAUGAUUCUCGCAUUCGAUUAUAUGACUUAAAAGAUCACUCUCUUUAUUGCAAAUACAAAGGCUUGCAUAACGAGUCUAGUCAAAUACGUGCUAGCUUCAGCAAUGACGGAAAACUUAUAUUGUGCGGUUCCGAAGAUAAAUACGUUCAUAUAUGGAAGACUAAUCAUGAUGUUCCGAAUGUAAGAAAAGAUAGAAACGAGUAUUACGAAAGCUUCUUAGCGCAUGACGCAGUUGUGACGGCAGCUAUAUUUGCACCGUAUCCAACUGUUAUUCUACCUGCAACUCAACUAAAAGGAGCUAACAAUGACCUUUCUUCCAAACCUUUUGAAAUAAUAGUUUCUGCUGAUUGGCAAGGUGGAAUAAAAUUGUACGUUAAUAGGUGAAUUGUAAAAUAUUUGUCUAUAAUGUGUUAGUACGACAGCAAUUUCGUUACCAACUCUUGUUAGAAUCUCGUAAACUGGAAUGUUCAUUACAAAAUACAAAAUGAAAAUUUUUGAGCUGGUGAUGACAUUUUGAAUCCGUGUGUUUUAUACAAAAUUGAAAUUAAAUUUUUUAUUA